AUGGAUUCAAAUAAGAUACACGUGCAAUCAGUGCAACUACUUCAACUUGGAGUUGAUAAUCAAACUCAUGCCAUCACUAAAGGACGAUUUCAACUCUUGCAAAAUUACUGGAAUAAAUGCCAGGAGAAUGCCGCUAUCAUUGAGGCAGUAGCAACCGACGCAGACGCGGCACAGCUUCCCUUCUUCAAGAACAAGCUGCUAGACAAGGCAGAGGUCUCGUACAUGCAAGCCUACGACUUCUUUCAAGAAAAACUCGAGGCAUUCAACGUCGCUUCAAUUUCCAUUCCUGUACCAACGGCGGCCACAACGACGUCCAUCAACGAGAUCCGAUUGCCGAAGAUCAACUUGCCUUCUUUCUCCGCGCGUCGUGGCAUUCCAUCCGAUCUUUAUUCCGACAACGCGACUACCUAUCAAGGCGCGGAUCGCGAACUUGUUACAGCGAUCCGACAGACUCAAGCCGACGUAGAUCUGCAGGCAAAGUUCGCGUCAAAGCCAGUUCAAUGGCAUUUCAUUCCGCCUUCUGCCCCUCAUUUUGGGGGCAUGUGGGAGGCAGGUGUUAAGAGUGUUAAGCACCACUUGCGACGUAUACUUGGUUCCUGCACACCUACGGUCGAAGAGUUCACCACUCUUUUAUGUAACAUCGAAGCAUGUUUGAAUUCGCGCCCGAUCGCCGCACUUCAUGACGAUGUAAAUUCUUACAAUGCGCUCACACCAGGGCAUUUUUUAAUUGGUAGUGCCAUUAAAUUGAUUCCGAGUCCGAGCGUCUUACAUAUCUCCGAGUCACGACUCGAUCGAUGGCAAUUAAUGCGUGCGAAAUACGAGCAAUUUUGGAAAUUGUGGAGUCUUGACUACUUGAACACCUUGCAGCAGCGUUUCAAAUGGCAGAAUCGAUCUGAUGAAUUUUGCAUAAACGAUAUUGUUCUAAUAAAAAAUCCUAAUUUACCUCCCUGCAGAUGGGAGCUUGCGAGAAUCAUCGAAUGUAAGCCUGACAAGGAUGGCCUGGUGCGAGUUGCUCAGGUCAAGACCGCGUCUUCUACUUUUGUAAGACCUAUUGUUAAACUCUGUAAAUUGCCGGUAAGUCCGGACGGUUCAGCGUAA